CCAUAAUAAUCACUUCCCCUCUAGAUACACCAGCCAGACAUUUCCGAGCCGUGUGUGUGUGUGACGAACGUGCAGCCAACAUCGUAACGCAACAUCCACUACAAGUACAACAGCCACGACUAGCAUUACGAGUUACCCACACACUGGCCAGACAGUUCCGAGCCCUGUGUGUGUAUAACAAACGCCAGUGUAAACAGAAAAUACCACAAUCAAAGUAUUUAUCACACAACCCCAGAUAAGAGUUCGUCUCUGUGCUGAACCGACAUAAGUAACACGCAGAUACAGUUUUCAUGUAACGAAAUUAAACAUUACAUGAUGUGAUUGAAAUACAGGAUAAUACAGUAACCUAAUGAUUGAAAUAUAGUAUGGUAACCAGUGAUUGAAAUACAGUAUAAUACAGUAACCUAACAAUUGAAAUACAGCAAAAAAUUAGAAAUUGGGAUGCAGAUACAGUGACUGUUUGAACCCACGGAAACUGAACCUCAAAGCCUCGAAAAUGACCAAUUCAUCGGGGAAUAUCAGUACCGAGGCUAAUAUCGCCAGUAUAGGGUAUGAGGGUACUACCAGCGACAGCAGUAGCUUGGUGGAUUUACUAGACUACACAGGAAGUACGAUCAUGUCUACUACUACGACUACUACUACAGACUACGAAGAUGCUACCAGUGAAACCAGUAGCCUGAAAGACCUCCUGGCUAAUACCAGCACUACAGACUAUGAAGAUAGCACCAUUGAAGCCAGUAGCCUAACAGGCCUCCUGACCAACACAAGUAGGGCCCAGGACUACACGACAGACACCACCACCACUACCACCACUACAGACUAUGAAGAUAGCACCAUUGAAGCCAGUAGCCUAACAGACCUCCUGACCAACACAAGUAGGGCCCAGGACUACACGACAGACACCACCACCACUACCACCACUACAGACUAUGACGACAACUCUUACAAUAAUCCAUACGACUUCCUGGGUAAUGUAACUGGUGCCCUAAACUUCACACUCUCGGAUAUGGAUUCAGAGGAAGAGGAAGUCGCAAUGAUCCAAUUUGUGACGUACGAGGUCCUCCUGCCGAUGGUGAUAGUGACCGGAGUAUUGAUCACCACCAUUGGCCUCAUUAUACUCAGCAAACCCAAGCUCAGGGUCAGACCUGUGAAUAAGUAUUACAUGCUGCUCCUGGGGACAGAUGUGGCAGUGUUGCUAGUCAGUCUCUCCAGGGUCAUCACCGUCAACGGCUGCCGCCUCUACUCCUACGGCGUGGCUUUCUACUUCGCUCACUUCUUCUUCAGCAUCUUCUCCAUGUUCCAGUCCUUCACCCUCUUCAUCAUCCUGUGGAUCUCCUACGACAGGUAUCUCGCCCUCUGGAACUUCAAGAGGUUCCAAGAGGUUCAGAGUCGUCGAGUGUUUAGGAUUCGUCUCUGUUUUACCAUUGUGGUGUGUGUCUGCAGCCACCUGAAGCACCUACUGACGGGGGAGGUGAUGUGUUCUACCGACGGUGCAGGAGGGAGCGAGGUCUUGGGUAACGCCGGGGUCUCGGUUAACUACAGCGACCACCAAGACAGCAAAGAGUUCCUGGAGCCGACUUGUGAGAACGGGUCUUGGAUACUCAAAGAUGAAGUCCACAACCUUGACCGUAACAACCCGUGGGAGGUGUUACCGUGGGUGGCAAGGGGCCUGGCGUCCCUCAUCAUCCCCAUCAUAUUAGUCGUGGUGUUCAACGGAGGGAUCGUGGCCGGGUUAAUCCAGCGCCGUCUAAACAACUCGGCGGCGACCCCGAGAACCCGAGGCCGAGCGUACUCCAGCAUCUACAUCACCCUGGCCAUCUCCACCACCUUCUUCGUGUGUACCAUGCCCAUCACCAUCUACAUCGUCUUUUAUGCCGAGACCGAAGACUGCCGAGGCACUUACUCCGUCGAGGUCUUCCGUGCCGUGGCCAACCUACUCAUGGUAAUCCGACACCUCACUCACUCUCUGAUCUUCUCCUUCAGCGAAAACUUCAGGAUCGAAUUGGGGAUAUUCCUCACGGGUGCACGGCGGAAGAUCGUCUCCGCCUUCGGGAGGAGAUCCACCCACGGCCGUAGACUAUCCCAAAAGACACCCAACUCCUCCCGCCCCCUCACAGCGCCCUCCUCCCGGCUCCUCCCUAAGGUAUUCGUCGUUUCUCUCCCCGACAACACGGACGAACGGACCACCAGCGACCGUACCGACAGCUCCGCCCUCUCCAGCACCCCUCCACGGCUCACCACCUUCUCAGAGACCGUCCCCCUCUCCCCCACCAGACGCCUCCCUAACCACCUGGACGACUUUAACCAUUCCUCCCGUCCCUCUGUCAUUACCCUUGAUGAAGAAAUCUGAGGAUAGAAGCUUCUGUUCCUAUCUAUCUCUCUCUCUAUCUAUCCAAUUAUCUAUAUUUAUCUUUAUCUAUCUAUCUAUAUAUCUAUCUUUAUCAACUGCACUAUCUUUAUCUUCAUCUAUCUAUCUUUCUAUCAACUGUAUCCAUUAAUUUAUGUAUCUAUCUAUCUAUCAUCUAUCAAUCUAUUUAACCAUCAAUAUAAGUGUUUAAAUUAAAAUAGAAUCUAAUAUAUACAGACCAUUAUAAUACAGCUUCUCCCAGACUUACGACGGGGUUAGGGACCAAAAUCCAGGUCGUAGGUCGAGUAGGUCGUAAGUCGGGGAGUCGCUGUAUACUGUACUAUAUGUUAUUAUACUAUAUGAAAUUAUUAUAAGGAGACAUUCUAAUAAUAUAUGUAUAUAAUAUAUUUCAUUAGAAUGUUUAAGAAUCUAAUAUAUUAAUUCUUUAUUUAGUGAAAACUCCAUAUAGCGGACUUCUCUCUAUAUAGUUAGUUAGAUGGAGGUUUCACAUCUAACGAACCCUCGAUAUAAUGGACUUUCAUCUCUAUAUAGUUCGUUAAAUGGGGGUUUCACAUCUAACAGAUCCUCGAUAUAAUGGACUUUCAUCUCUAUAUAGUUCAUUAGAUGGAGGUUUCACAUCUAACGAACCCUCGAUAUAACGUUCUUUCAUUUCCACAGUCCUUUAAAUAGAGGUUUUACUGUACAUCUAAACACAUAUACUGUAUAAACAUUAAAACAUAUAAAUUAAUUCUUCAUAAAUGUCUAUAUAUAACUCGAACCUAACCUAACCUAACCAAACCUACCCUAACCUAACCAAACCAAACCUAACCUAACCUAACCUACCCUACCCUAACCUAACCAACUUGCAACAUGUACAAUAAAUUAUUAUGGCAUUUUAUAUUCUUUAAACACAUCCAAAAUUAUUUGAAAAAGUUGCAAUAACCAGAAUUUGUUUAUUAAAUGUAUAAGAUUAUAUUGUAACACCGUAUAUAUUUUAUAAUUAUUCUCUCUCUCUUUCUCUCACUCUCUCUUUGUCUCUCUCUCACACAAUUUCUUUAUUUCUCUGUAUGUAUGUCUCUCUCUCUCUCUCUCUCUCUCUUUUUAGCUCUCUCUUUCUCUGUCUUUCACUGUCUGUCUCUCUCUAUGCCUCUGUCUGUCUGUCUGUCUCUCUCUCUAUGCCUCUGUCUGUCUGUCUUUCACCAAGUUCCUUCUGAAUGUCUUCAUUUAUACACCAAAACUUCCUGUUAACUUUUAGUGAAUGUGUGUAUGUCAGUGUGUAUAUAUUUACCUAAAAAUAUAUUUAAUAAUGAA